GGGUCAGUUCCAUCGAACAAUGCCCCCCAUCAGGAUCAUCUUACCCCACCUGCCUCUACCUCCAUUGCCAUCUCCCCACUCUCUACCUCUCCAAGUGGAGCCUCGUCAGCAACUUCACCCCUGACCUUUGAUCUGUCGCCAGAAGAUUGCUUGAGAAAAUUUCGUACCCACACACUCAAAUAUUUUGCCUUUUUGCAUAUUUCAACUGAUGCAGAAUGUCUGCGCCGAGAAAGACCCUUUUUGUUCCUCUGUAUCAUAGCUGCAUCUGCCCAUUCAACACGGACCAAGAUUGAACUUGGAGAAAGGAUUAAGGAAACCUUGACAGAACGGAUCUUCCUCGACAACAACUCGGGCGCUGUCAAUAUCGAUUUGCUUCUCGGAUUAUUAACUUUUCUUGCUUGGGGUCAUGAUCAUCUCCUUCACGGCACUGCAGCGAGGUUGUCGCGUUUUACCCAGCUAGCAAUGUCGUUAGUAUUUGACCUUCGUCUGAACAAGCCACUUCCGGAUGACCCCAACAUGCUCCCGGUUGGAGGAGACUGCUUGGUGCCAAGGGGCCCGGCCAGAUCUUCAGAGGAGAGACGUGCGGUUCUAGGGUGCUUCGUAAUGAGCUCAAUUGUUUCUUCGUAUUUUGAGCAGAUCGAUACAAUGCAGUGGACGCCGUAUAUGGAAGAAUGUCUAGACGUCUUAAGUCGGAGCCAAGAAUCUCCAUAUGACGAGAUGUUUACACACCAACGCAUUGCGGGAGAGGUAGAGAGCGCAAGAGCUACAGCCACAGCUCCACCGGCCUUUUACCUGACCGCUCUCCAACUGAAGGUGAAUGAAGUUAAGGCACAAAUCUCACCACACCUACUGCAAGAGAUACCACUCCUGGCUUCAGUAUAUUACACAGAAUUGAGCAUGUUCGGCUUUGCACUCUCCAAACAGAAUAUCCCAGGUCCUGGCUUUCAAAGAAUUGAUUGUCUCUACGCAUGCCUGAACACGGUCAAACAGGCAUUUGAAAACUUCUUCAAAAUUCCUCUCAUCGAAUAUGCUGGUAUCUCUUUUCCCUUCUUCACACAGCUAGCUCGCUACCUCAUCGUGUUGUCCAAACUCUCGACUCUGAACGAUCCCACCUGGGAUACGAAUCUUGCACGAUCAACGGUCGAUGUCCUUCAAGUGAUUGACAAAUUGAUCAACAAUAUCGAACUCGCCAAAGCCCCGGAAGGUGAAGAGUGCACAGGGGGCCCGCUGGAUAAGUCGACCAGAAUUUUCACGUCCGUUCGAAACUGGUGCGCCGCAAAACUCGCGGAAGAUGGUGAAGAAGGCGUACAAAGAGACCCUAAUUGUCAAACGAAUGUACACAGCGGCACGCAGCUAGACGCGUUUUUUGUCGAAGACGCUUGGUGGCGAGAUAGUUUUGAUCUAUUUUUCGACGGAAAGAAUUUUGUGUGA